UCAGGCAAGGGCUCGCCUAUAUGACGAGGGCCACUCGCAAGUUUCCUGUAUGGUAAAGCUCGAGCCCUGCCGGGAGACGCAGGAGCAGGCAGAGCGGGAGACUCUUACCUCCUAUUUGGUAAGCGCACCAAACACUCACACGUACAUACAUUGUCUUGAAAAGUGAGUCAGGCAGGAGGGAUGGAAUGGAAGCCACAUCAUGUUGCCAGUGAAGGAGUUCAUAGUUCUUGACCCACUUGCACAUGAAGUAGGGGAAAGCAAAUGGGUCAAUGUACUGCACUGCUUCUAUGCUUCUCAUCUCAUGAAGCUUUUAUUUUAUUCAACACCCAUUCUGGUUGACAUUCUCUAAUAUUACUUGUGUGGAACAGUCAAGGAAGUUGCAAGUGGUGUGCAGCUGUUGCUUGCAGGUUUAGUCAGGUAUUGCUGAAUUUGUAGCUUUUUGGGGUUUUUUUUGAAGGGGGGACUUUGCUUAUGCCGACUAGCAUCUUGCGCCAAGCUCACCUGGCUCACUUCUGGUUUUAAAUGCCAGUGCCUCACACGGGAACAAGGCAUGGGUUUGGCUGGAUGUACUCGUUGGACCCGUUUUGUUGUUGUUUUUUGAUGUGGGCACGAAGAGGGUACUUGAAGACACCCAAUUGCUUGGAAGUAAUGUGGAAUGCUUCUCAGAAGGAAGCAAGCGAGGACAUUUUUUUUUUUCUUUCUUUUUAUCACCCUGUGUUCAAUGUCAGGGCAUACAAUAGAUACCGCCACGAUGAUUGUCCUGAUUCUACUCUUUUAUGCUACUUCUCAAGGUGCCGCCUUGGACCACGCGGGCAUAGUUGGCUCAAGCAAAUCCCACCAAGAGGUUAAACUAGGACGCCAUAUGUGUUGGUGUGCGUAAGUGUGCACGCACGCAUGCAUGCAUGUGUGUGCGUCUGUGUUACCAACAAUAGAUUCCAAGGGAAUUGCAGGGGACUUCAGUGGCUGUGGGCUGGUCCAAGACACCACCCAUCAAUUUGGCGGUGAGGCUGAAUACAGUUUGAUAUUCCUGUAUGUUUGUGCCUGCACCACUAUAGCCCGAAACGAGCAGCUUCCGACUGACUGAGAAGACAGGUUUGCCUGUCGCCGUGGCAGUUUCAGACUUUUGUUUUUUGAAUGAAACGUUCAGUUUUGCUCUGUAGCACUUUUUAUUCAAACGGGCGUGCUAAUGACGUGUGAUUGAAUUCUUGCUGUUUUUAAGCUGCAUACCAGUUAAUUCAUCAUUUGCUUUGCUGAAAAUAAGACUGCCAAAAAGUGAUAUUUUGAUAGUUGACUAUUCACCGAUUGUCAUGUUUGGAUUAACUCUGGCUGUCAUCGACAGCGUUAGACUCCCAAUCCAUUUAGACUGGAAGAGGUGAAUGAUAGUUCAUUAGUCUUUUUGGGGUGUUUCUAAGUCACUUUUUGUUCAUUUUGGGUCAUCUACAGGUCACUUCCUGGUGGAUUUGAGUCCCUGCGUAUUUAUUUAGGGAGUUUCCCUGGUCACUUCCUGUUCUGUUACACAAAAUCAACAGGAAGUGAGUCAGAAAUGCCCCAAAAUGAACAAAAAAUGACCUGAAAUGCCCCCCAGUUAAACUCAUUAGUUGCCACCAUUGACAUACCUGUCAACCCAGGCCGUUGGCAAUCUUACAAGUAGUGACGUAUGCCCUUACAAAAUGGUGACUAAUCUUACCUUGCGUUUUAUAUAGCGUGCAAUAUGACACAAAAAUAAAAACAUUUUUUGUUGUUGUUGUUAAAUAAUAUGAAUUUAUCGGUAAUAUAGUCACAUAUAACCUGGUGCAAUUAAAGAACAAUCAAUAUCUUCAGCUACAGUACAUCAUGAUUACUAAAAAUUUAACAGUGACUUUUUUUAAUAAUUGUAUGUAGCACUUUUGGCAAUUUCUAUCAUGUCUUUUGAUGGCUGCACUUCAUGGCACUUCAGCUCUCAAUUCAGUUUGACGUGAAGGUAGUUCAUUAGUGUGUCCAAUUAUAAAUUAAAAAGGUCAAUUGAUAAAAUUAACUUACCGAUGCAGUCUUUCAGUCGGGGAACAUUUCUUUUGCUAAUCUUGAGAAGUGAUCAGCAAUCGUGUUUUGCGGUAAAAAAUUGUUCAUUGAUAGGCUUGUAGCUUUUCAUUCUGCAGACUGCAUCUUUAUGACCUUUUGUCUCGAAGUGCUUUCUGAGAUCGUAGAAUCCUGAUUCCGAAACUUUAAUGUUCAAUCCACACGGCACGCAAAAUGAAUAUUGUAGUCCUUUCGAAGACGCUUUUAUCCAUCCAGACUAUUAACCAGUUUGUAUCUCCCAUUCUGGUAGAUAGCGUCCAUGGGCAACAGUUUUUCUUUUCUUACGAGCUGGUUCAUCCAUAUUUUUAUCACGUUUGCAUCAACUUUGUCGACUGCAAGUCACAAAAAGGUGGCGGAAGUGCAAGUGCACUCACGUGAUCGGAAGAAGCAGACCCUAAACUCAACACGCAUUUCUCGUGAGCAAACAGCUACAGGCUAAUUCGGUGCAUUGUCUCGUUGCCAAAACGGUGACAAUGUCCGGGAACGGAGAAAAAAAAAUGUAAUGCACGAAAAAUGUACAGAUUUUAAACUCACGGCGUACACAUUUAAAAAUCUGUGCUCACUUGUACAAGUUACGCCGAACCGUACAACUUGACUGGUAUGCAUUGACUGCCAUGGACGUCCAAUCGGUUUGAAGUGGGAGGGAUGGCAGCAAAUGAACCCUUCCAGUUCAAAUGGAACUGACAUCUACUAGUGAUGAACUCACAGCAGAAGGAGGAAAAUAGCUUGGUUUUCUUUUUUAUUGGUUGUUUUGUAGAACGAUUUCCUGACCAAUGUAUUGAUAAUCAUUGUAUCGCCAUAUCGUGAGAUCCUCGUUAUAUUGAACUUGGUAUCGCAAAUCGUAUCGUAAGGUACCAAGAGGAUGCCACCUGUACCCCAAAGGUCGACUGAUAUAUCAGCUGCCGAUAUAUGGAUUUUUUUUCCCUAGAAGGGCAAUUGGCCAAUAUAUAGCAUAGAUAAUGGGAUAACUGUUAUAGCAAAUAAAUUGACCGGCCGAUAUAUAGCCAAUAAAAUAUGAUAACUGUUAUGUUCACUGUUUAGAUGGUGAGCUUUGUUAUAAAGGUCGACAAAUAUAUAUUUACCUACUUGCGUUAGGUGGCGCCUCACUCGGCAAUUUAUUAAAAAUGUUAACAUUACAUCCGUCCUUCUUGACCUCACAAUGGCUCCUGGGAUAUGUAGUCUUUCGCGGUGCUUUCGGUUUUGAAAAAGGACAAGAAAUGAUGGAAAUAUGGACUUAAACACAUGGUCCAUGCAGCGUUUAUGCGUGUUAAUGAGGGCAAUAAAGCUAUAAAACUCAAACGACAUUAUCUCUGUUUUACUUGGUCGAUUGACUUCAAGUAGAAACAGGCGUGGACCUCAACUUCCGCACUUCAAAUGAGGCCAACCAGUGGAACGUGGGUGACAUAAUCACAGCGUGACGAGGCUUCAAAGAUGAUAUGCUCAAUUUUGCAGCCACCGACACGUUCGGUGUUAAAGGUUUAAACGGUGUGUGUAUAAAUCAUCCGAUUUCCUUUUUAUGAUACAAAAUUCAUGGAAUACUUAGUGUAUCUAUAUACUUGAAUUACAAAUAAUUAGAUUAUUUAUUCUGGAGUAAAAAAAAACAAAAAAAAAACUUGAAUUAAAGAUUAAAUCGAUUAAUCAUGGCAGUUCUAACAUGUUAAUUAAAUGACAUAGUGGCAUCUCUAAGUUUAGUACAAUUCUACUUUUCAACAAACAGAAAUAGAAAAUAUCUGGUAGAUAUCAUAAUGGUACAUUUACAGGUAAUGUUUUAAAUAACACUUCGACAGUCUUAAAAGUUAAAUAAAACAAUAAUUUAGGCAAUCCAGCAAAGUCGACGCUUCAGAGCAUUAAGAGAUGAUCCAUUUGCUUUUGCCUUUUAUGGAGAGCCCCGCAUGCGUCAGAUAUCGCCACAAAUAUGGACGGCGACCCAUAAUUGGGUAAUUGGAUGCGUCACGAUAUAGUGUCUAAAAUACUUGUGGGACAAAUGCUUUCAACACAAUAGCACAGGAGAAGUGAUUUUCAGGUGUUAAACUUGCUAGUAUUACAGUAGUUUACAGUAAACCUCUGGGGUUCGUAUAGUGGCGGCAUACCCCAAAGUUCUAGCCAUAGCGUAUCACUAACCUACACUUACGCUGGAGUAAAGUGAUAAUUACAGUAAAUAUUUCUCUGAAAAAAACUUUACUGUAAAAGCUAUACUGUAAAACACUCUCCAGAAAAAGUCAGUAUGGCAGUGGGUAACCGAGCAUGUUUUUUUUUUUGUAGAGCAUAACCACAUAAAGUAUUAACCCACUCAUUUAACUCCUUGGCUGUUAAUGUUGCUAGAUGUCCAACCUAUUUUGACUGGGAUGGCGAAUAAUUUCUGUUGGCCCUCCCAAUCAAAAUGGAUUGGACGCUUGAUGUCAGUGACCGGCUGUCAAAUACAAUGGAAUAAAAACAAAAAAUAUUUUUUUUUUUUUUUUUUUUUUUUUUUUAGAAGCCAUAUUCACAAGCCCAUUUCACACACACCUAAAUACCAUUAAAAACCCGGGAUUUUUAAACAGGUAGCCCUUAUGUGUGUAAGCAAUUUGCCGGGGCAACUGACACUGAGAUGACGGGGACAUUUGCCGAGUCUUAGCAUCGCACCAGCCGCCCUCCCCGCACAGAGAGCACCGAGUCGGCAACACGUGACCAGUCUGUGAAAGUGUCCAACCCGCAUUGUUCCCGGGCUAUCUCUCCAUUAGAGUAGUUCCAAAAAAUCCAUUAUUACAUUCAUCGCGAUUCGACACGUGACAAUUCGAUUACGAUUCAUAAAGGUUCAAAAAUGAUGAUUUUCCCCUCAUAACUUUAUGGCAGCCGCUCACAGCAGAACGAAAUUCAAGACACGUCUGCCGCCCGGGCACCGUUAACGGGCGCUCGCACAACGUUAUGAUGGAUGCUGCCGGUUACUGAGAGAGAGAUUUACUCCUUUUUAAAAGACUGGAAAAUUCAUUUGUGUACGAGACAGGAAGGGACAGAAGCGCGACCCAGUGGUUGCGCUUUUGUGCGCAAAUUAUUUUUUAGAUCAAGAGGGGGAAAGAGAUAGUUCGUUGCUUCUUUUCUUUCAGAUGUCCAGCAGUAGUUUUAAGGCAUUUCAAUUGAAAAAUGCCCUGAGUGUGUUGCUAAGACCCGUAUGCAUCUAUGAGAGGUGAGUACACGAACCCUCUUGUACUGUUUAGCCUUUAUUGUUGUUUUUGAGAUGUUAAUAGUUAGCGCUAAGCUAAUUAGCUAAUUCACUAACAUGUAUUUCAUAUGCAGAACAUGUAAAACCAUAAUCAAGUACAGCGGUAACACUACAAACAUGCGAAAUAGUACAGAAGUCUGUGAAAACUAAGUAUAUUGGUUAAAAGAAGUCUUAUUUAAAAGAGAGAAGAAAAAAAAAAAAAACUUCAUUUCCAGAAAAAGUGGAAAUUCAUUUCACCUAUGUAAAUUUUAUUGUAUUGUUGAGAGAAGUAAGUACUCCCUUUAAAAUGGUUAAAGUUUUUGCACUUUCUUGUAAAAAAUAAAUAAAAAAGCAGCUUAAGGGCAGCAUUUUGUUGUAUGGGCAUUUUUAUUUUAAGUAAAUAAUGGACACAAUUUCGGCUACUUUACUAAUUUGUAAUGUACAAUGCAUCAAUAAUCGUUAUAAUUGCGAUAACCGUGAUCACAGUCAAUACUAGAGCUGGGAAUCUUUGGGCACCUAACGAUUCGAUUACAAUUCAGAGGCUCCGAUUCGAUUCUAAAACGAUUAUUGAUGCACCCCUCCUUUUUUUUUUUUUUUUUUUUUAUGUUUUGUACAUUAGUUCCAAAAUUGUUCAAAAAUACUCUCAGGCUAAACCAAACUACAAUUUCAGUAUCAAGUUAACAUAUAACAGUAAACAAAUAUACAAAAAUAACAGUAAAUAAAAUACCUCCAGUCCCCAUUCUGUAUCAGCAGCUUUAAACUACAUUCAAUUAAUUUAAUGUUGUGAAUCAACCGUUAAAGUUGUUAAAAUUGCUCCCGUUAUUCCAUAAUUUCCCUUUUGUCUACUUUCGACAUGUGAAAGUUUUAAAACUAUUUUAAAGAUAGAUUCAAGUCAAUAUUUUACCCAUUUAGGAGUAUUUUAGAUAAAAAGUUAAUUAGGUUCGCUUGGAAGGUCCGCUACAACAGCCUUGCAGGGAAGUGUACUGCUUUAAGAUGGCGGCCGUUUACUAACAAUCGCAUCUAGCUUUCUGUAGAUGUGUUGCUAACGCUACCGAAUCUAUAUUGCAUCUAGUUCCAUAAAAAUGAUAUCUACCGUAACAUUAUGUGGAUGUACUUUGUAGCAGCUUUUCGGCAGCAGUCAGGUAUGUUGUUGUGUUUUUUUUUUAUCUCGUGGCAUGAGUUGAGCUAGAGCCGUUAGUUGAGCAUUGGCAUUAUGCGAGGGGCCAGGUAAUGAGAAGCAUGAUGUUAAGCUACUCUCGCUCCGUUCCUCAUUGCGUCCCGAAGACCGAGCGGCGCACUGAGUGUGUUGUACUUCCGCUUUACUUGGCAUAUUUCAAUAAUCGGGAUUUGGAUGUUUGUGAAUCGUUCUCGAAUCUUCCACGGCCGAAUCGUGAAUAAUCUAAGAAUCGGAAAUUUUGCACACCUCUAGUCAAUACCAUGAUCAUCGUUCAAUAAUCGAAUCGUAGCACCCUGAAUCGUAAUCGAAUCAUGGGGUGCCUAAGAUGGCACACCCCUACUCUCAAUGUGUGAAAGCAAUGACGCGGGUAAAUCCCACGUCAGCUUACACGGGAAUUUACCAGGAUAUAAGUCUGAAAGGGGCCAUAGUGUAUUAUUCGUUUUAACUUUAUUAAUUUAUGUUUUUAUUAAGAAUACAUUAAUUUAUAUUUCAGAAAAAUAAUAUAAUAUUAUACCAGCUUGAUUACGUUAGAUAUAUAAUUGUAAUUGAGACCUGGCAUCCACACAGGUGGACUUCACAUUUUGGGUCAUGUAGGCCCCACUUGACAUAAAAUGUGGUGUCCACGUCGAUGCCAGGCCUUUAUUAGGUUGUUGUUGUUUUUUAAUUGCCAAUAAAGGUCAUUUGCCCAAUAAAGGGUUAAUAAGACAUAAAUUUCAAAUUUACUUUGUCACCCCCUGUUCUGUGCACUUUUGUACAAAAUAGAGGCCCGGGAAAAUGAGGCUAAGUAGUGUGAAAAGGGCAAAGUCAUGUCGCAGUGAAGCUAACCUUUUUUUAAUCUCUCAUGCAAGCCUGAAAAUGUUAACCACUGUAAAACGGCAAAUUAUUAAAUAUGCUUCCAUAUAAAGUUGGUGGCUAGUGCAACCUUUUAAGGGCCUAUUUUUGACAAAGUUUUGGUUAAAUUUCUCAUGGUACGACCUAAUUUUCCCAUUUAGAGACAACUGCACAUGAUGUGUGUUGGAAUCCUUCGCUUUUUUUUUUUUUUUUUUUUUUUUUAAACUUCAUACCGAGCUGAGUCAUUUCUUUCCUGCUGCGUGUAAAUUCAUGCUAGGUCAGAAUCGAAUCACUUUAGCAGCCCCUUCCCUUACGGCAGCCUUGUUUCUUCCCUUGUGCUUGGUUCUCUUGGUCAGCUGCUUGGUAUAGCACGGCUUGCAGCCACACAGACCCCUCUCUGUUGUUUUCUUGUUGUUGUCCUCGAGUCUAGGGGCAGUAAAGGGGCUUCUUCUGUUCUCUUCUGGGACAUUUAUUAUGGAGAGGGCAACGCAACCUGAUGAAAUUAGGGUGAGCGAGAGAAGCUUGUUUUCAGUAUGGGGGUGAAGACAGACUUAGUUGUUGUUGUUUUUUUAUUGUUUUUUUUUUUUUUUAAAUGUUCGUGGCGUGACGCAAAAACACGCAUUCAUUAAAGGCUCUCGUCAGACGCCCACUGCCUAUUUGGAUAUUGCUAAAAUAGCCAGCACAAGAGACCACAGCCGCCUUUUAAUUAAGCAGAGCGGCGGCGGCAGAACGGUCGGCACGGCGACGUGACCAAUAUGACACUGUUGAUGUUGAUUUAGGACAGGAGAUGGGUGGGUCGCGUUGGAGGUUGGAUGGGCGGGAUCUCGGUCACUUAGCCUCCUCAGCGGCAGGCGAGGGGAAGUGAUGUGAUGUGUUGCUACUGAGAUGGAGCAACCAUACUGACAAAACGGGAGGCUCAGACAGUGGGGACAGAGGGAUUGAGCAAGCAGAGAGACGGUCAUCUGAUUACACAGUGGCUUCUAUUACAUGUCUGCCAUAGACUCGAAGGAAGAAGUUCUUCCCGCUUGGUCUGUUUGUGGCUUUGCUGGCCCUGCAUCGGACCCGCCAAUAUUCUGCCGGGCCUGAGAGUCACUUCUAUGUGUUAAGAUUUGGUCACACUUCGCAGUUUGCAGCAUGGUGGCGUCAUUGUUAGUCAAGCGAAAAAAGAAGUGUUUUGUAAAUGCAGAACCACACAUAAAACAAGGAUUGUAUAUCUAUGACCAAGUUGUGGUUGUGAUAUGCUAUAAUCAGGGGUGCACAUAAGUGGUCCGCAUGCGCGCAUGCGUACUGGACGUAGACAAAUGCGUUGGCCCUCAACGGCUUCAAUACGCUUUUGCGUACCGAUGGCUGACCACUGUAUUUGCGGCGGACACGAGAAAAUCUAUUCUCAAAAUGUCAAAGAGGCAGGUCCCACUGAAUAAUUAUUUCCGUGUUCCCCCACACCCGUCAAAAGACAGACAGACGACCAGUGUUGUUAAUAACGGCGUUAGAAUACAACGGCGUUACUAACGGCGUUAUUUUUUUUUCAGUAAUGAGUAAUCUAAUUAAUUGCUUUUCUUAUCUUGGCAACGCCGUUACCGUUACUGAGGUGGGAAAGGCGUGCGUUACUAUGCGUUACUAAGUUGGUUGAAUAAAAAAAGUCUGAGAGAAACGGACUCACGGAGACGAGAGAGCAGAGCAGGAGUGGGGAAGACGCCGUUGCAACCGCGAUGCUAGGUGGCUCCAAUAAUACCUGACUGUAGCCUUAGCCGACAAACUACGCCCACAUGACACGGUAGAUAUCAUAUUAUAAAACUAGAUGCAAUUGACAGACACAGCUGCAUUGGCAACAUAUUUUAAUGACUACAUGCGUUAGUAAACAGCCGCCAUCUUAAAGCAGUAGACCUCUCAGGAAGGCUCUGAUGUAGAGAUCCUUCAUAGCGAACCUAAGUAACUUUUUUUUUUUUUUUUUAAUUUUAAAUCUAAAAUGCUCCUAAAUCGGCAAAAUCUUAACUUAAAUCAAUCUUUAAAUGAUGAAACAGUUUUAAAACUUACACAUGUUUAAAGUAGACAGAAGGGAACUAAUGAAAUAACGGGAGCAAUUUUAACAACUUUAAUGGUUGAUUCACAACUUUAAAUGACUUCCACACAUAGCAAAGGUUACUAUCUAGUUAUCGCAAUACCCUUGUGUCUAGUUAAGUGGAGGGUAAAGAAUUGGGCGAGGGCCAAUUGUCCCCCAAACCCUUUAAACUUCACAUUGUGUGACCGUUUUUUUUUUUUUUUGUUGUUUUUGUUUUUUUUUUUUUUUUUUGAGAAAAAAAAAGAAAAUUACCACUAAUUACUUUUCCAAGUAACUAAUUACUCUAACAUUCAGGUAACUGAGUUUCUAAUGCAAUUACUUUUUGGGAGAAGUACUUUGUAACUGUAAUUAAUUUUUUAAAGUAAAAUUAACCACACAGCAGACGACAGAGACGUCACCAGAGCUCCCGAAAAAAAGGACUUUUGCUGAAAAGUGGCUGCAGGCGGUACCAUGGCUAGAAGCAAAUGAUGCUCUCAUGGAAAUGUGGUGCUAAACUUGCCGUGAGAAUCUCAAUGUCGCUGAUAAGAGCAGCGCAUUUUAUGUAGGGUCAAAGAAUUUCAGCCAUCCAAACUUUGAAAAUCACGAAAAAAACAGAGAGCAUGAUGGCAAUUAAGCAAACUAUCGAUGCCAGACAGGACCCUACUCGCCCUAUGGACAAGUGGCAGAAUAAAAUUAAUAAAGAACAGCGCCAUGCACUGACAAACGUGUUUUUGCUCGCAUUUCACAAGGCUAAACAUGCACGUUCAAUGAGCUCUUAAAGGUGGACAUCCCACUUUUACACAGGCUUGGAGUUAAUGUGGGAGGCAAAAAAAAUAUGCGGUACCCCUGUAUAUGUCUUUACAUUUCACUUCAGAGUAAUGGCAAUUUUGUUGUGCCAGUUGAUGUUAAUCAAGUGUUAAUUGUUAAUAAAAUUAAUUUAAGGUAAUUGGCUCCAAGUAAAGCUUGUCAUAAUUUUAUCGCAUCAGGCGGGUCGGCUCUCAAGCUCAAUGAGGACCAAGUCGCAUCUCCAGGUCCUCCUCUGAGAACCUGGGCAAAAAAAUUAUGUGCACCCCUGGUUAUAAUCAAUGUAAUAGUAUAAAGGAAGUUGAUCGUAAAUUAUUUGAUAUGGGUUUAAUUUCAAGUUCGUAUUUAAACAAAUUGACUCAAAACGUCACCUUCAAACACCCUAUAAAAUAUUCCCCUCAUGUUUUUUCCUUUUUUUUUUUCUUCAAACCAUACAUUACAUUCGUAAUUACCAUACUAUUAAAAACUACCAGGACUGUGUGUAAUAGGGGUGUGAUAAAAUAUCGAAAUGGUGAUAGAUCGUGAUACUUUGGAUCCCAAAAGGUUAGCGAUAUGCUCCUGCCCAGAUUCGAGAUAUCGUUUUAAAAAGGUGUCAGUGUUUUAAAAAAUAAAUAAAUAAAUAAGGGACUAAUAAGUUGCUACCAAAAUCUUCCACCAUAACAGUGUCCCUGGUAACUCUAAGGCUGCCACUGACGAUGCUCAACGCCCAAUCCAUUUAGACUGGGAACGUUCGUUCAUUCGAAAUAGGGCUGCAGCUAUCGAUUAUUUUAGUAGCCGAUUAAUCGAUGAACUAUUUAUUUCGAAUAAUCGGAUAAGGAACAUAAAAAAUUAAAAUACCUGAGCUGAGCCUCACACGGUAUAUUUAAAAAAAAAAAAAAAGAAGAGGAUGUAUGUACAACAAAAGAACAAUCAGCUAACUUGCGUAGCAAAAGUCUGAUAGCUUAAAUGCUAUAAAAUGCUAACGCUUUUUUACAAUGCUCUUAACAAAUGGCUCAGACACAUAUUUCAAAAAAAAAUGGCUAAAUAUACCUUAAACUAAAUUACGAAUGUAUUCAAAAAAAUCAUUAGCUCAAACAAAAACUUAUGCUUAUGUUGGUCUUAAUAGGGGGCAGAUGGAUUCAGCCAUGUGAAAUGAGAUAGACUAGAGGGCCGUGUAUCCACCCAAAUCAAUGAAAAUAAAUGCAAACACUUUCAAAACAAACCAUUACAACGCCACUUUAAUUAAACGAAUACCCGAAGCAGCCAAAUGUAAUUUGAAUCUUUUUUUCUAAUCGAAUACUCGAGUUAAUCAAUUAAUCGUUGCAGCACUAAUUCGACACCAGAGCAUUCGCAGUCAUUCUGUCCGAUUUUUCGGGGCAUUUACAGGUCACUUGCUGUUCAUUUACAGGUCAUUUCCUGUUGAGUUUGAGUCACUACCUAAUCAUUUGGGUUAUUCUCAGGUCACUUCCUGUUCUGUAACUCAAAAUAAACAGGAAGUGACCCGUAAAAUGCCCCCAAAUCAACAGGAAGUAACUGAUAAUCAACAGGUAUUUGACCUUAAAUGGUCCAAAAUUACCUCACUACCUGACAUUGGCUGCCAGUGACGGCCAUACACGUUCAAUACAUUUGAAGUGGGAGGGAUGGCAGAACAAAUGUUCAUUCGCUGCCACCCUCCCAGUUCAAAUGGAUUGGAUGUCUACUAGUGUUAACUCAUUCCAAUUCACAGCAGAAGCUUGUUUUCCUAUUUAUUAGUUGUUUGUAGAAUAUCCUAGAAUGAUUUCCUGACCAAUGUAUCGAUAAUCGUUGUAUCACCACAUCGUCAGAUCAUCGUUAUCGUGAGCUAUGUAUCGCGUAUCGUAUCGUGAGGUAUCAAGAGGUUCCCACUCCUACUGUGUAAUGCGCUAUUUUAUUCCUUUGGCAUGAAAUGUAUUUGUUAAUUAUAAUAAUAGUACAGGUCGUCCACGGUUUACGAACAAGUUCCGUUCCUGCGCUUGUGAUGUAAUCCGGAUUUCCGUGUGAGUCGGAAUUAACCCUUUAAAUACCGCAAAACACCCUCUAAAUUAAAAAAUAUAUAUAUCCAAAAACAUGUAUUAUACGUCAUUGUACUGUCCUCGCCAAGACGUUGGAGCUAAGUCCUAGCUAGACAGUGAGCUAAGCUCCGAAACGACGAUAUGUGAUUUGCUGACUUUUUUCAGCUGCUCAUGACAUCAACACUUGCAGAAUGAAACUAAAAUAAAAGAAAUUAAAUCAGUCUCAUCCUCAAUAACAGCAAUUCAAAUUUGCAUUUACAAGUAGCUGCUGAUACAUCAAUAACAAACAAUUAACGUGUCAGUUAGCAUCCGCACAUCGUCAGAAACAAUAACAUAAACUCGCCCCAAGUAUUCGACCACAGUUGAAAACUCACAAUUAACAGUACAAAAGGGGGUCAUAUACAGCCAUCGCCUCUGGAUGCUUCGCAAGCAACAAAUGUGCGCGCAGGCUGCCACCUCUGUCACUCGGCUGCUUUGUGUGUGGUGUGGAUGGGGGCCUCUUUUCUACGCUUCCUGCGCCAAAAUAAAAGCAUGCAUCACAAGACAAAAGUCAGCACUUAAAAAAAAAAAAUAAAAAAAAAAACAACAACAACGAGACGCAGGCGUCGUAAAGCCGAAAUCGUGUAAGUUGGGUCCGUUGUAACCCGGGAACUACCUGUAAUUUAAACCUGGUGUGAACAUUUGGUACUCAAGUGCAUCAUACAUGACCCAAAAGGUGAUGUACAUAUGUGUAUGCGAGGUCUGGAUUAUAAUUACUAAUUGUCUGUAUCACUUAUCCUCACAUGGGUUGCGGAGUUGCUGGAGCCUAUCCCAUUCUAUCUUUUGGUGCCUAUCCCAUUCUAUCUUUUACUGCACCAAAGUAAGAGGUUUGUGAGUUGCACACACCUCUGUACACAGUAUACUAUGAUGGGUUUGCAUAAGGACAAAACAACAUAAUAACCCCCUGGCUCGCUUCCUCAAAUGAAUCUUUGCCCCACCUGUUGGUGUUGAGCUUUCCUCCUAUUGAAGCAGGUUUUACCAGCUAAACAAAUGAGAUCCAAGUUUAUCAUUGACAUCUGAGCCAGAUUCCAAGGCCUCCUUACUGUUCGCAGCUAUGAGUUGUUGCAAGCUUAAUAAUCGGGCCUCACCCACCACCACUUCACUCACUUUCUGUUCGCUCCCCAGCACUUCCUGCUUGGUUGCGAGCGAACGCCACGAGACCAAGAGCAGCUUUCACAACGUCAGUUUUAUCAGCCGCUUAUUCUCUUCCUGUUCUUCUCCCUUUAAGACCAAUCACAUUUCCUUCCACGAGUCGCCUGGCAUCUGCGAGUCACGUAGCUGCUAUGGCACUUGCUCAAAAUCUGCUUUUCCUUGAAACCGACAGCCCCCAACCCCCUCCCACCUAAUUCCCAGUAUCUUGUACUAUCCCUUUGUCCAACCUUCAGUGGGGCCAUAGAGAAAAGUCAGUUUAGGGCAUAGAUAAGAACCUUGUCUUUGACUUGAUGUCGAUUAUUGUGUGUUUGCACUUGAUAUGUUUGUAAUGCAUGAUGAAAUGAAAAUUGAAAUUUUACUGGCGGUUAUUUGAAGAACAUUACUUUAGUCACUAAUGAUUUAUUUUUGUUCGCACUUAAAAGACGUUUUUUUUUCCCCCGGACAAAACCGUGACAGUAGAUCUGACAUUUCCCCACUCUUUAACUUAAUAUGUCAACAUCUAGUGCAUUAAAAUUAUGGACUGUAUGUAAAUAGAACGGACUAGAAUUAUAGCUAUUGGAGUGUCUUUUACACAGCAACCAUUCAAAUUUGCUUUGUGAAAAUGUUGAUUUCAACAUAGGAGUAUUGAGUGUCAAAGCUCGAGGUGGGAAUCUUGGGGCACCUAACGAUUUAAUUACAAUUACGAUUCAGAGGCUACAAUUCGAUUAUAAAUCGAUUAUUGAUGCCCCCCAGCUUUAAGCAGCUUUUAAUGUUUUGUACAUUAGUUACAAAAAUUGUACAAAAAUCCCCUCAGGCUUAAAUAAACUACUAUUCAGUGUCAUGUUAACAGUUCAAAACUGUAAAUAAAAUACUCAAGUCCCCAUUCUGUAUCAGCAGCUUUAAACUACAUUCAAUUAAAUGUUGUGAAUCAACCGUUAGAGUUGUUACAAUGGCUCCCGUUAUUCCAUAAUUUCUCUUCUACUUUCGACUUGUGAAAGUUUUAAAACUGUUUCAUCAUUUAAAGAUAGAUUCAAGUCAAGAGUUUGCCAAUUUAGGACUAUUUUAGAUAAAAAGUUAAUUAGGUACGCUUGGAAGUUUCGCUACAACAGCCAUCCAGAGACGUCUACUGCUUUAAGAUGGCGGCUGUUUACUAAUGCCUGUCAUUUCGCUUCUAGUUUUCUAUACAUGUGCUAACGCCGCCGAGUCUGUCAUUUUGCAUCUAGUUCUAUAUACAUGUGAUAUCUACCGUAGCAUUAUGUGGGCGUAGUUUGUAGCGGCUGUCGGCGGCAGUCAGGUAUUAUUGGUUUUUGUAUCUAGCGGCAUGAGUUGAGCAUUAUGUUAACUCUCGGUCAGUUCCUCAUUGCGUCCUGAUGACUGCGCUGACUGUGUUUUAGUUCCGCUUAACUUGGCAUAUAUCAAUAAUCAGAAUUUGGAUGGAAUCUAAGAAUGGGAAAGUUGGCACACCUCUAGUCAAAGCCUCUUAGAAUAUAAAGUGUUUGAUUUUAAGAUGGUUUAUUUGUGGAAGUACCGUAAGAUUAUGGUUGGCAAAAAUUGCAAUUGAUUUAGUCGACUAAAAUUAAAUGUGUUUGGUACUGUAGUUGCUACGUAUACCAUUGCCACGAGUAAUUCAGUGGUAAUGGAAAAAAUCCUGAAUGUUUUAGGCAGGGCUUAAAUUAAUUUUCUAUUCCAAUGGAGGACAUAUGUCAAUUUGAAUCACUUAUUUAAUUUUUAUACAAUUGCAAUUAAUCUCUCUUCAUCUGAAAUCGUAAUGUAACAUGUGUAACAGGGUUGUUUUUGUCAACGAUGACUAUAACGAAAAUAUUUCGUCAACGAACAAUUUUUCCAUUACAAUGACGAGUCGAUAACGAGCUAAAAAUGUGUCUUCGGGGACUAAAACAUGACAAAACUAAUGCCAGUUUUUGUCUGACGAGACAAGAGCGAGACAAAAAUGCGCUAUAGUUUCUGACACAUUCACAGUGUGUGACAUUUUAUGUGUAGUUGGCCUGCAUCGUAGCGUGUCUGGUUGUGUCACUCAUGUGAUGUGCUGCUGCUCUCCAGUUUCCUUGCACACUUGCUUGCACACACGGUAUGAUUUGUUUUAUACUGGCCCAAGAGAAUAUGCAAUGUUGCUUUAGCCUUUAAAGGUCUGUGCUGAGUGAUCAUCACACACUAAAUGUAACUCAUAGCGUUAGCAUAGCGUUCGCGUUAGCAUUAGGCUAAUGCUAACGGUGAGCGUCGUCUUAAACUCUAGGACAGCUUUCUUACAUACAGUUCAUGAUAUCGAGGUGGGUGUAAUUAAUUGAAAAUAAUGUACUGUUUUACCUGCAGGAUGUGUAUUACCUAGGGCUGCAGCUAUCAAAUAUUUCAGUAAUCGAGUAUUCGACUGAAAAUUCUAUCGAUUAAUCGAGUAAUCGGAUAAAACAUUUUUUAGGUAAAGAGCACUUAUAAAUAUACAUAAGAAAACAAGACAUUUCACCUAAGAUUGAACCAUUUUCAGACAAUCAAUGUCUUUAUUUCCGAUGUACAUUGUUGAAAACAGCCAACAAUUGCAUCUCAGAUGUGACCACAAAGAAAAAAAAAACGAAUUCGCUUUAACUCAAAAAACUUCCAGAUCUUAUAAAAAAAAAAAAAAAAAAACAUAAUUCUUACCAAAAAAUGUCAUUACGCUAAUAGGAUUUUGAGUUUUUGCUGUGUUCAGAAUAGGGCUGCAGCUAUCGAUUAUUUUAGUAGUCGAUUAAUCGAUCAACUACUUAGUUCAAAUAAUCAAGUAAACUGAUAAGUAAAAUAAAAAAUGAAAAUACCUGAGCUGAGAUUCAAACGGUCUAAAAAAAUAAAUGAGGAUCUAAAGUACAACAAAAGAACAAUUGGCUAAUUUACAUAGCAAAAAUCCGCGAGCUUAAAUGCUAUAAAAUGCUAACGUUUUUUUGUUUUUUUAAACCAUGCUUUUAACAAAUGGUUCAAACACAUAUGCCCACAAAAACAGUUAAAUAUACCUAUAAACUAAAAUAGAAAUGCAUUAAAAAAAUAAAUAAAUAAAAAUAAAAAACACAUCUCAAACAAAAACUUAGCUUAUGUUGGUCUUAACAGAGAGCAGCUGGAUUCAGCCAUGUGAAAUGAGGCACACGAGAGGGCAGUGUAUUCACCCAAAUUAAUACAACUAAAUGCAAACACUUUCAAAACAAACCAUUGCAACGCCACUAUAAUUUAACGAAUACUCGAAGCAGCAGAAUUUAAUUCGACUUUUUUUUUCUAAUCGAAUACUCGAGUUAAUCGAUUAAUCGUUGCAGCACUAGUAUUAUCACCAAGUUCGCAUUGUCCUUGUAGACGCUACAAUAUGUGCUGGUCUGUCAAUGUCCAUUUGAAAUAUUUAGAAACCUUUGUUAAUUUAUUUAUUUAUUUAUUUUUGGGUUUUUUUUUUAAAAAAAAAAAGGGAUCUUCCAGACUAAAACAUUUUUAGUAAACGUCGACUAAAAUUAGAUGAAGACAAACAUUUUAAGAUGACUUAAAUAUGACUAAGACUAAUUAAUAUUAUCGUUCAAAAGAGUAAGACCAAGACAAAAAUUAAAAGGGAUACAAAAACCAGCACUGGUGUGUAAUAUAUUUGAAUGUAAUCAUUUAAGUGAAGUUUAUUUUGCUAUAAUCAAGCUGAUUGUUAAUGUUCACACCAUGCGUAAAGUUAGUGUUUUCCAAUAUUAAAUGCAGCUUUGAGGAAUACAUCGCCUGCAAUGUUUUUGAUGAGCACUUAGGCCGAGUGCACUUAUUUAUUUAUUUUUCACUUUUAAUGUUGGUCCUAAUGGUUGUAUAUGGAGAGCCAUGCAUUUUCGAGGUGGUACUCGGUGUUAAAUGUUUACAACCACUUGCAUAGAUGAAAUGGAAAACAUGAUCUUACAGAAUCUGUGAAACUCAAUUAUUAAAUAUAUUAAAAAUAUACACAAUAUUUGUUCUCCAGCACCGUGACAAAGACGUUCCUCAAGAAUGUUUUUGUAUCCGAUGCAUUUUAACUGCACAAACAAAUGCAUCGUAGAGUGCAUGUAGUAAUGUACUGAUCAGCAAUGUUAUCAGAGCCAUCUUUGAAAAUAUAUGCAAACCAAGAAGCCUUAACAAAACAGUAGUGAAGUUGCCAAACUCAGAGAUUUACUGUAUAUAGGCUACGUGAUCGGAAAAAAUCCUACUUUUAAUGACUUAACGUGCUCACCUAUGGUUGCCUUCCAGAUUAAUGUGAGUACUGCCAGUCCUCCCAGUUCAAAUGGAUAUCGCAUCAAUGACAGGCACUGAGAAACUGAUUUUGUCCCUUAAUUCCACACUCGUGCAGUUACUACACAUCAGUGACUGCAGUUUAAAAAAAAAAAAAACUUUUUUAUUCUAACAUUAUAAAGAAGCCUGAAGUCUAAGAGCAAUUAAAAAAAAACAGCAUUGCAUUGAAGAAGCUAGUUACAACUUGUUUUGAAUUAUAUAAUCCCCCGUGUUCACUAAAACCUCAGAAUGUUUUCCCUUCAAAACAUUUGGCUGUUUAUCUAAAACAUUACCAAAGUUUCUCAGGCUUAACAACAUCUUUGUAAUGGAUGAAUGGCAUAUUUAUUAGACGAAGACUGACUUUAAUUCACAGCAGUGCAUAUCAUUCAUCUGUGUUUCUCUUCAGUUCGACUACUCGGAAAGAAAUCACCAUGUGACUGAGGAGUAAAUUAGUUGUGGCUACUAAACACAGUGUAACUGACACUGUUGAGUUGUUUGAUGCCUUAAAUGUAUCUGGAAACUGCAAAACCCUGUACUGAAGAGGUUGAGUGACAUGGCACUGUUGAAGAGGAGGCGUUCAGAAGUGUUUCGAGCGGGGGUUUGACUGAGGCUCUCACGACCUGAACUGUAGAGGUUUUUCAGCGACUACACGAUUGUCAUGUGACCCCAUCCCAAUGACAACCAUCCACUACAUUGGCAGUCAAACAUAGCAUGGAUGCAACACAAAUGAAUACAGGCAGCCAGACGGACGGCAGGACGGAUACACGGGUGGGGGCUGUGCUAGGCGGCUCGGCGGCAGGCUGGUGGAAGAUGUCGUCCGGAGCCGGCGGGAGGGGAGGAAGGCGGCUCAGAGGGACGACAGCCAGCGGAGGCCGAGGAGUUGCCGGAGAGGCCGAAGAGGGGCCCGUGGGCAUCCCCUUCCCCGAGCACAGCGCAGACAUCCUGGGUAGCCUCAACAAGCAGCGGCUGAGCGGCCUCCUGUGUGACGUCCUACUGGUCACGCAGGACCGGGAGUUCCCGGCGCACCGCUCCGUCCUGGCGUCCUGCAGUUCCUACUUCCACAAGCUGUUCACAUCGGGAGCGGCCGCCGACCAACGCAAUGUCUACAACAUCGACUUUGUGGCAGCGGAGGCCCUCGGAGCACUGCUGGACUUUGCCUACACGGCCACGUUGACAGUCAGCCACACGAGCGUGGCCGAUAUACUCGCGGCCGCACGCCUCCUAGAGAUCCCACCCGUUCAGGACGUCUGUACACACCUGCUGGACACCAAAGUGCUCUCCCCGCCGGCGGGCAGUGAGCAAAGAAACGAGGACGAAGAGAAGGGUAGAGGAGGAAGCGAACGCGGAAACCAGGUGCUUGCCCGGGAGUUCCUCGAGUACUUCCAGAAAGGAGCGCACUGGAGCAGCAGCUGCAGCACGCCAGAGCUCAGGGACCUGCCCACACACCUGCACUUUAACCACGGCAACGGCGGGACCCCCAGCAACGGCACUCCUGGACAACCCGGUGAGUACUACUCCCCGCUGGCCCUCGCUUUGGCCCAGGCCCCCGUCCACGAACCCGAAGAGGAAGACGAGGAGGAAGAGGACGAAGAGGACGGGCAAGCGGUGCAGGGCAACGGAAUAAGCAUGGGGUCAUAUUACUACCCUCCUUCCCACAACGGGCACUUCUACCUCCCUCCUGAGGCUCGGCCGGGCCACGAGGCGCCAGAGACGGAAGACGGCGCCCUGCAGCUGACUGCCAGGGAGAGGGGUUCAGCCAGCGCCCUUUUGCAGCAUAUGAUGGAUGCCAUCGAGAGGGACAAGCAGCGUGGGGCGGCCGGGGAGGAUCCGGGCGAUGGGGAGGACCACGAUAUGGAAUUUUACUACAAUUACUUUAACAGCAGUCAGCUGGAGGACACACCUUCCGCCGCCGUGACGCCUAACGUGCCGCCACUGUGGUUGUCGCGGGGCGCCACCGGCCACGACAGAGUCGGUGGAGGAGAGAGGGGAGUCGGCGAGAGGGGUGGCGGAGGGGAAAGGAAGAUGCGCUCCAAGGCCUUUCAGAAGUGCCCCAUAUGCUCCAAGGUCAUUCAAGGAGCAGGCAAGCUACCCCGCCACAUCCGAACACAUACGGGGGAGAAACCCUAUGAGUGCGCCAUCUGCAAAGUACGCUUUACCAGGCAGGACAAGCUCAAGGUUCACAUGCGGAAGCAUACAGGAGAGAAGCCUUACCUUUGUACGCAAUGUGGCGCCGCCUUCGCGCACAAUUACGACCUGAAGAACCACAUGCGCGUUCACACAGGCCUACGCCCCUACCAGUGCUCCAGCUGCUUUAAGACUUUCGUCCGCUCGGAUCACCUGCACCGCCACCUCAAGAAGGACGGCUGUAACGGUAUUCCGUCUCGCCGGGGCCGGAAGCCUCGGGUGCGAGAACCCGGGCUCCCGGAUACCCCUAUGGGCCUGCUGAGCCCUGGCUCAGACGCUGGCCUGGAGCCUCACAUCAUCAAGGGACGGCCGCUCUCAGAAGCUCUCAAGUCUGAGAUGGAGGGGACCCACGCACAUAGCCCGCAGUUUGCUGGGGGGGCUGGACCCUGAGACCAAUCUUUAGAAUUUGUCUCCUCUUACAGAGGAGAAAAAUAACUUUAAAAGAUACAUAUAUAUAUAAUUACAAAACAAACUAUUGCUCUAUAAACCAAAUCAGGGUGUCACAAAAAAUUUAAUUCUUAACAUUUCCUUCUUUUACUUUGGGAAACAAAGUAGACGUGAAAGCACUUGAGUCGGUUUAGAGAGCAAAGAACGCUUCAAAUCAUGCACCCGCGACGUCCACUUUCUGGGCCAUUUCUUUCUUAUCAAUAACAGUAGGGGGUUUUAUACAUUGGCAUAAUGUAUAAAGGACACUAAGAAACUAUGCAGUUGAUUUUAGGUUUUUAUAAUCGGUCGAGCUCUGAGCAAAGGUGUCUGAGCUCCUUCCGACUGCCGUACGGGUGAAGCGAGGACAAAUCUUUCCCAGAGAAAACAGUUUUUUUUUUAUUCUUUUGCAGGCCUAGAGAUGUACAGUUACCAUAGAAACACCAUUGCCAUAUUAUGGCAUAUGCAAGGAAAACUCACCACACUUGUGAUGCAACAGCUCGCUCACUCGCUCUCCAAAUGCUCCAGAAAGAGUCCUAAACAAAGUGUUUGAUUGAAGUGUUACUUAAUCGAUAAUAUGCGUUGGGAGUAUCUAUCGUUUAAACGAAUGAGUCGAAUCCACAUCGGUGGGGGCUCAAGGAUUGCAAGACUGAGUACGAGGCUCGGUGUUUUUAAAACGCUACCACUGCCCUCACACCCCUGCAAUUGAAUUUUUUUUCUGUCUUAAGUUAAUUUUUGUUUUUUUUAGUUAACUGGGUACUUGACACUUUAUAAUUGUAUACAUGUAUAUACAGCAUGGGGCGAUAUGACAUCUCUGUUAACCGUUCCGCCUUCUCGUGGGCCGGAUGUCGUAUUUCUCACAGAGUUUGGCAAAUAACCCGUAUGAAUGUUUGUUGCGUGAUAACGUGGCUUCACCUGAGGGGGAAAAACACUUGACAGUUCCUGCCUGAAAAUGAUGAGCGGUUGGAAUGAUUGAAUGAAUGUGCUUCAUUUUGUGCAGUGUAACCUUGUGUGACAAGGCGCGGGUUUAAAGAACGACUGGGAGCUCCAAUGAGAAUGAAGAGAAAAGAUGAGCACCUUUUUUUCCCUCUCCAUCUGUUUGCACAGCUCAAAGGGAAGACAACACCUACAAAAAUGACCUUCAUGUGAAAAGACGGUUGCUCAAAGUAUUUAGGUAUGUAAAUUUUGAAUUCAUUGGAGAAAAUAUUUAUAAACACACAAAAAAGACAAUUGGCAGCUGUUUUGUGAUUUCAUUUUUACCAAUGUACAUGCACAUUGAUAGAUUCCGAGCACAGGUGCAUGUGAAAAUGGGUAUUAAUCCUUUAUGAGAAAGGGAGUGCAAUCUGAGAUUUGAUUGGCUAAAAUAUUACUAACGUUAAUAGAAUGUCUGGCUAGAAAGGAUGUUACAUUUUUCUCCAUUAUUACUUACUACUGGAAUGCACAUGAUAUAGGUGUUGUCUGUCCCUUUAACUCAUUGGUUGUCAUUGACUGCUAGCAGUGAUUAAUAGUUUUGUUCCUAAAUGUUUCUAUGUCAAUGGCAGCCAGUGAGUUUAAGCUAUUUUUUCCCUUUUUUGGGCCACACAACAGAGAGCGGUAAAUACCUGUCCGAGUCAGGAAGCCAAAUAGUAGUGAGGCUGCAGCUGGUUGACAGGAGGGGUGGAGGCUCUUCGCCAUGUCUGUUGUGUUCCAAAAAAAAAAUAAUAAUCUCCCCCAGCUCAGCCACGUUUCCAUGCAGGAGGAGGGUGGGGGAUCAGAUCAGGCCGCCCUCUCUCUCUGUGGUCCUCUAAUGCCCUUAAGGGAUAUGAUUAUAAUAGAGCCUGGUGUUACCGUAGGUGCAUGCGUAUGUCGGUGUACGUUUGCGCGUGUCAGCCAGGGUCCCUCUGGCCACAUCUGAGUGAGUCAGCCACAGCCUGUUCAAACAUGCACCUUCAGCUGCCAGCCUCAGCGAACUUCCCCUAUCUUUUCUCUAAGACACGUUUUCAUCCAGCAGUUCAGUUCACUCCAAUGGGGUACGGUUUGGAGCGCUAAACGAUGAUCGAGCUUGAAAUUACCAUUGAAAUUAUCAGUAAAUAUUCUUAACGCUCGCAAAAGUGUCGACAGUACAGGUCAGAUACUGUUGGAAUAUGAACUCAUUCACCGCCAUUGACGGCAAUAUGCAUCAAACGCAUUUUAUGCUCAUGAUUCAGUGCUAUUGACAGCGAUAGACAUCCAAUCAAUUUUAACUGGGAGCAGCGACCAAUAGCUACAAGCCCUUCCCAAUCAAAAUGGAUUGGAUGUCUAUCACUGUCAAUGGAAGCCAACGACUUAAUUUAUGAAAACAAAUAUAUAAAUUAUUGUGUGCUGAAUCUAAAAUAGCUUUGGUUUGGUUUUAUCAUUAACAAAAAUGAACAAAUGACCAAAACAUUUUCGUUACUUGAAGUAGAUAAAAACUAUGAAAGGAUCAAAACUGCUAACUGAAAAUUUACUUUUUUUUUUUUUUUUAAUCAAUGACAAAACAUUUUUUUAAAAGCUUUGCUUUUGGUGUAUCAUUGUAUUCCUUUUGAAUCAUCCACUUGACCAUUAACCUUAAGUAUGAAUUAUAUAAAAAUUGAAAAAAAAAUUAAAACUAGGGGUGCAGUUAUCGAUUAUUUUAGUAGUCGAUUAAUCAACUAGUUCGAAUAAUCGAGUAAUCGGAUUAGGAACAUUGAAUGCGUUGCAGAAUACAUUUUAGCGAUGUAAAACAAAGGUUCUCUAAGAUUGCACUUUCAAAAUAAAAUUCCCGAGUGUUUCUUCAAACUAUAAAGAAUUGCACUUUCAUACACCAGAGCUUAGCUUCAAAUGGUAUAAAAAAAUUAAUAAAUGAGGAUCUAAGUACAACAAAAGAACAAUUGGCUAACUUGCAUAGCAAAAAUUGGCUAGCUUAAAUGCUAUAAAAUGCUAAAAAAAAAUUAACAAUGGUGUUAACAAAUCGUUCACAUUUUCCCACAAAAAACAGCGAAAUAUACCUAUAUACUAAAUUACUAAUGCAUAAUAAUCAUAUUAGCUCAUUCAAAAACGGAUGUUGGACUUAACAGGAAGCAGCUGGAUUCAGCUAUGUUAAAUGAGUUAUGUCAUAUUCACUGCCAAAUCAAUAAAACUAAAUGCCAACACUUUCAAUUACGCCACUCUAAUUAAACGAAUACUCGAAACAGCAAAAUAUGAUAAACGUAUUUUCUAAUCGAGUUAAUAGAUUAAUUGUUGCUGCACUAACAAAAACUAACAAAAUCAAAACUGAAACCAAUCAUGAAAACUGGGAUAUGUGCAAUAAAUUUAAACUGAAUUAGAGAAGAAAUUAAAUGUAUGUACAUACCUACUUAACCAGAGGAGUAGUCGGAGAACAGACAAAUGCCCAAGUAACCAAAUUCAAAGCUUUGCCAUAUUUCUUACUUGUGACCUUUUCUCUACUUAUUUAAUUAAUUUGAUUAAUCAUUUAGCAAGUGAACUACCCCGACAUUUAAUCACCCCUUCUGUAUUACCGUAUUGGCCCGAAUAUAAGACGGUGUUUUUUGCAUUGAAAUAAGACUGAAAAAGAGGGGGUCAUCUUAUAUUCGUGGUUUAGACAUUAUACUCAUUCAUGACGCUAGAUGGCGCCAGAUAUCAUUGAAGCGACGUUCUGUCAUGACAGAUCUCAGCUACUCUCCCCAUUCACGACGCUAGAUGGCGCUGGAUAUCAUUGAAGCGAUGUUCUGUCAUGACAGAUCUCAGCUACUCUCAAGUUUAACCAGUUUGCAUUAUUUUAUUGCAAUGUUUUUCCUUAUUCAGAUUUGUUUCAAGACUACAGUUACAGUUAGACUUCAAUUUGAUGGUUAAUGCAGUUAUUGCAAUUUUGUUGUUUUAUCACAAUAGAUUGGUUUAUUUACAUUUAAAAAAAAAAAAAAACCAGAAGCCAUUCAUUUACGAAUGUGAUUGCACUAUAGUUUACAUAUUUAAUUGUUCAGAUAUUAAGAUUUAAAUGAGGCAACAUAACAUGCUUUUUCUCUCAAAUAUAUUGUUUUAAUUAUUUGUUUCGGAUGUACUGUAAUUAUUUUCUGUAUAAAAAUUAAUUUGGUGUUCAAAAAGUAUUUUUUCAAACUUCAGUCUUGAAAAAGAGGGGGUCGUCUUAUAAUCAGGGCCGUCUUAUAUUCGGGCCAAUACGGUAUAUUACAAACAUAUCGUACAAGUUUGAUAAUCCUUUUAUGCGUUCGUGAGUUACCGUGAACCCAGACACAUAACCGCCGCCUUCCGUAUGUUUCACCUACUGGUGGAGAUAAUAAAACUAUAAUGAAAAAAUGUAAGACUAAAUUAACACUGACGUCUAUCACCGUCAAUGGCAGCCAAUGAGUUAAUUAGUAGAGGGUGAUAAAACCCAUUAAUUAAAGGGUUUUCAGAGCAACUCUGGAGUGGAAUGGUACUGUUUGGUGGAAACGAGCCCAAAACAUCAGAAUUAAACGGGAUGGGCAUUUUGAAUAGAUAUCCUCAAUAAACUAUGGAGAGAAAAAAAAAAAAAAAACAUUAAUUCCAAUGUUUUUUAGUAAAAUCGGAUAUGAGAAACUGAAAUUGCUGAACUCCGAGUUGACUAAGCUCAACUUCCCAGAGCUGAUGACUCGUCAAUUUUAAGACCACAAACUAGUUGAGCCUGAAUCAACUACACAUCUACACUCCCAUGACAGAAUUGUUAACCCCAACCCAUUUUUAUGCCCAUCCCUACUUGGCCUAUCCCUAAAAAUGUCCUCAUCUAGGGCCCCUCCCAACCUGCUAGAUCAUCUCUGCUGUACACCUGUCCUUAAAUGCACCUUAAUCAGAGCGAGGCAGGUUCAGAAAGCACUUUGUUACAACGUAAGGGCACUUUUGUCAACAAAACGGGUACUUUUGAGAAAAAAAAAAGUUGCAAAUGAGAUCAGCCCUUCUCUCAGUGGUGGUAAAUAAAGGCUCUUUUUCUGUUUUCAGGUUUGACAACAAGCUGCCAAACACACAAAAAAAAUGUAGUGCUCUAGAAGAAAGGCCUAGAUGAAUUAAUGUAACUGAUUGCACUUGAAGUUAGCUGUUAGCGAGCUGUCUAAAUGUCUUAAGGUAGAGGGAGUGUCUUGUGUGUUUCGUGCGUGUGUAUGCAAGCGCAAGCUGCAUUGCUUUCUGGUGGACCGGAGGGUCUCGGGACAAGCUUGUGUAAACAAACUUUGCUCCAUCUGUUCCCCGGCUCCCUCCUAAGUGUGCGGUGAUAACGGGCCCCAACGUUGUAAAACACCUCAUCGGACAGUCGCUUGUUUACUUCGCAGCUCUCUGGGCGCGCAUUUGCAUAAAUCUUGGUUUACCCUCGCCGGUCGUUGUCAGCGGCUGUCCAGGCCUUGAGAGUGUACUUUUUUAUUUAUUUUGCUUGAGUCCCCCUUCUCGUAAAAAAUGCGAACUGAUGUCUGUACUGUCUUGAUUAGUAUGGACCCUAAACCAGUUUUGUUCCUAAAUAACCUAUGAGCCAUCUUAACCUGUGUAUAUUUGGACCUUUUUAGAUUUGCUGUGUAAUAUCAGAGUGCUUUCACACCUUUAGUUCUUUUUAGACAGACUGUAAUCAGUUUUUCUUGGUCAUGCGUGAUCAGUGAUUGAAUUUGGAUGCAGGCCAAAUUAACUGGUCCGUGUAGUUUCAAACUAGCUCUACAUAACUUUGUUUGCAAUGAGAAAGCGAAACUGACAAAAUCCGAAUAACAUGGAAUGGAAGAAUGGUUUCGCAUGAAGGCGGUUAAAAUUGGAAGCGAGAAAUAAGCCAUAAACUGAUACUACAGGUGUGAACGCUUCCUGAUGUUACUUGUCCUAUCAUUGGUCAGUGUAGUACAUCUUUAAUACUUGGCUGGUGCUUCUGCUUGUUCAGAGUUAAAAGCGCCACGGUUCAUAGAACAUGAGGUUGUGACCACAGCAGACAUUUAAAAAACAAACUUUACAUUUAUGGUAUAAUACUGGCAACUGUGCAUAGACUUCACUAUCAGUUGACAGGACACGGGCCCGAUCCGUAGGGGCCCUAUUUUCAAAAACUUAAAAUUCAAAUAUUUUCAAAACCAAAGCCAAUACCAACCUAAAACCAAAACAGGCACCUCCCUUAGGUUUAUAUGAGUCUCCAUGAGCAGCGACAUAAAAAAAUUCAAAGUCGUUCCCUAAUAAAAUCUGAUCAUUUUUUUAUACAAGUAUAACUAAACUUAAAAUGGCUAUGAAAUUCUCAAAUUUUUCCGCUAGAUGCACAAAAAUCACCAAAUGCAGAGAUAAUGACCUGUAUUUUCAGGCUCAAUAGCAAUGUCGUAUAAGGUUUUGCCCAAAAUAGCUACUGAAUGUUUUUUGUUUUUUAAUUUAGUGCAAGUUUUCAACAGCUAAUAAAUCACUCAAUUUUCACAUCAGAAACUUGAGGAAAGCAUGAAGAAUCAUCUUAAUUUUACUCAACAAAAGCAAAAUUUGCAUUUUUCUAUAUACAAUCACAACUUGUUUAGAUUGAAUUCCGCUAUUGCGUAGAGAUACAAAAUCCAACAUGGCGGCCGUCACAAAACAAAGAGCUUUUAAAGUUGAAAAUUCUUGUAAAUAAAUGCUUAAAUCGUGGAAUUUCUAUUGAUAUGAACGUAAAACAGUCUAAAAGCAAAAAAAACGGGCAGUUAUCGUUCAUUUUACGUAAAUAUUUCAAGCAAAAGUUAUGGUAUUGUGUAAUCCAGCAUGGCGGCAGUCAUGAAACAAAAAGCUUUUAAAGUUGACAAUUCUUGUAACUAUAUGCUUAAAUAGCGGAAUUUGAAUAGCUAUGAACGUAAAACAGCCCAGAUUCUUGGUUAAAAGCAAAAAAAAAAAAACUGCAGUUAGCAUUUUUUUUACGUAAAUAUGUUGAAAUACAAUGCUAGUCUGUUAGUAAAUGUAGCUAGCGGCCGCCUUAUGUAGACAGCGCUUUUCUGGUGAAAAUUCUUGUGAAUAAAUGCUUAAAUCCCCGAAUAGCUCAUCUUGAUGUGGGCGGCCCCCUACUUGAAUGAGAGUUCAGUGCAUGACCGAUCUGACCCGUCAAUACCAUUAUGAAGUCUAUGACAGUAUUUUUUUGUUUUGUUUUAUUAUUAUUAAAAACAAAGUCAGGCUAGGAAAAAAAUGUAAAAUAUGUAACUGGUCUUGGCCAUGGUGACAACAGUUCACUCAUUUUCUCAUUCACCCACCUUUGCAGUGAAACGUGCUGACUACUGAACUACUUAAAACUGGUUGCAGCAAGUGUUGUGUGGAAUGUUAGGAAACCUUUACUCUGAGAAAUGUUGGUGGCAACUCUAGACCGGUCUAUUAGCUCAAUAGUUACAGUAACAGCGUGGGUUCAAAACCCAGUUGGAGAGACUGGAGGAUGAGAAAAGGAGCAAAUCAGACCAGUUACACUUACAUUACUUAAAACAACAGUUAAAAUGACACUUUUACAGUAAUAUUUUUAAUACGGUACAAUACUGGCAACCACAGCAGUUUUUUUUUCUUUGUUUUUUUAACACUGUAGUAAAGCAGCUUUUGAAACAAACGUAUACUGUACAUUAGAACCAAAUUAAUCACCAGUACAGAACCAGCACUGGCACCUACUAUGUAUAAAAGAUGUAUCAUUUGUCCAAACUGGGCCUUUCCUGAUUAGAAUCACAGGUUUAAAGAUGUCAACUAUUUUCUGACUUUGCUUGAAAUUGUUGCGCUACAACAUGUUUGCUGAGUGUGAAUGUCUGGCGCGGGUGCUCUCGAACGUGCCUUCGGUGUCGGGAGGGUAAAACGGGUGUCUCGUCUGGGAUUAAAAGCCUGAUAGCACUGGAAGCGGUGCUUUAGCUGAACGUAGCGCAAACUUUUGCACUAAUUGUCAAUGUUCUUGUCCUGCUGGUGGGAGACGACCUCACAGAGUUGAUCCGGGUUGCUCCUUCCCAAUAGAAGUAAUCCCGUAUGGUAUAUAUGUAAUGUAUACGUCCAACAUUGACUAAUACCAAAGGAGAUCAAAAGAUAUUAAGAUAUUUUAAAAUGUACCAAUGGAAUGUUGGAUCGUUCGAGUUCGAAACCCAAGUGAAUCCAACUUGUUUGUUUGUUUUGUGAGAAAUUUUGUUGGUUGCAUAUUGUACAAAGAUAUCAAACCCACAGAUGAAAAUCAUCUAAGUUCAGUCCAACUGAGGAAUUAUUAAUCACUAAAUUUUAUUUUUUUCUUUUAUACUUAAAUGAGCUUAUCGGUUCCAUGGGUCUGAGAUUGUUUUACGUUUUGUGCGAUUUUGUAACGCGAAGCUCCUGCUCACUCCUCCUACCUUGUGCUUUGACCACGAAACACCUCGCGUGUUUCCUCCACCCUCUCUUCAGACCAAACUCGACGAGCUGAUGCUAAUCGCGGGGAUGUUUAAGCUUUACUUGAAUUAAUUUAUUGUUUUUAUUCUCGUUUGCCGCUAAACUUCUGCAACCAGUGUCACUUUUCUGAUUCUUAUUUUUCCUAAUGGACCUUGACUUCUGUUUUUUGUCUUGUUGUAUUUUCUCUUAUCAAAGACUUUUGCUGAAUAUAUAUGAGAAAGCCAUAAAAUAAGACCAACAACCAUGACGGAUUGUUUUUAAUGAGUUGGUGAGCUGCCUCCAGUUUUUAAAAUCAUUGACGGCGAUAGAUGGCAGUGAAUGAUGAUGUUUUACAUGGACGAGGUAGCACUAUAGUUUUCAAACGGCGUGGCCAAAACGUCCAGAAGACUCAGAAUGUCGCGGGUCUCCUUUUGCCUCUUUGCGAGUACUUCUCAGGUGGAAACGAACACUGCUAUGCAUCAGCUUUCCUUGUUAUGUGUGUCAUCCCAAGCUCUAUAUGCCACCUCACUAAUUAGCAGACCAGAGGAAAUGGAGGGCCGGGCUCAUUGUGAAGUGUGAUAUUGAUUUGGUACCUCGUCGGAGGGCGCCAACUCAUGAGUCUGGGUGUUUUUAAGAGUAGCAGUAGGUGAACAUUCCAUAACUUCAUACUGUGAUUCCCCCUUCACAUUCCGCACAAGGCUUGUGCGAUUGUAAACGUAAGCGCUUUGCGAUUCAAAGGCCAUCCUCCAUUGUCUUCUUUUGAUUUCCUUGUUGCUUUCUCAUCGCCUCGGCGAUGCUAUUUUAAUUCCCACGGCGAGGAAAUACACUUGAAUUGUAGGGUAGGAGAUGGACGCCAUAUUGGAUGCCCUUCGCUUGCUUGCUUAGCAGGGAGAAAAAACAUGAUCGGCUCAUUUCCGAGCUGUGCUGAAUGUCACGUUGUCUUACAGGGGUGGUACACCGCGCAAUCCUGAAAAGAUCAGUUUUUAGGAAAAAUGUUGCUCGCCCCUGUAGUAAAUACAAGGCUGGAUCAGGUAUCCAUUUUCAGCACUUUUUUUUCCCCCCUUCAAAUCAGCACAAUUUUAUUGCAGUCCUGUGGGAUGAAAGGUAUUGUUCAGAAUAUAAUAACCUGGGAGACAAAUAUAGAUAGUAGGCUAUUUAUUUCGAGCUUCAUUUCUGAAGUAGCCUUCAGAAACAUUCACUGCCAUUGACUGCGGUAGAAGUCAAAAAUCCUUGUUCAAUAGGAAAGAUGGCAGUGAAUGAGUUGCCUCGUGUUUCCCAACAUUCAGACUGGGAUGUUAAAUUGGAAACUAACACAAGAGUCACGUUAGGUAUCAAAAUACACCACUCAAAAUGUAAAUCCAAAUGUAUGAUAAAUAGUGAUUAAAAUGGCAUAAAUUAAGUAUUUUAAGAAACGGUGUGUCAUUUGUUUGCUUGACUUGACUCUUGUGUCAUUAGUUGGCUCCACUUAUUUAUAAAGCUGCAAGCAGGUGAAUUGUUUUGGGGAGAAUUUGCACUUUCUGGUGAUUAAAAAAAAAACACAAUGUAUAUGAGACCACUAUGUCCACACAGUCUAAAAUCAUGUAAAUCUGUUUUUUUUUUUUUUUUUUUUUUUUUUUUGUUAAUAUAUCCAAAAAUGUCUGGCAU